CCACGCCCAUUUCUGCGCAGCCCGACCGAGAGGGUACUACUGAACAAUAAUGUCUAAUUAAUGUACAUUUACAAGCAAGUUAAUAUGUUAUACAUAUGUUAAUAACAUGAAGCCACACUAACCAAUCGCAGCAAAGUAGUUGCCUAUCAAAGUAUUUCCAGGUCACAGAAUGCAAAUACCGUCGAAAGAACGUGUUUUAUGAAUGGUGGCAGUUUUAUGUACUGUUUGAAAUUAUUCAUUGUGCUGCAGUUUGGAAAGGAAAGUUUUGUAUUAUUAAAGGUUGCCCUGCUUGAAGAUUAGUGCAGCCAGUCGUCACAGAACAGAUGUCUUUUCAACCAAAAAGGUGCUUUCGAAUGAGCAAACUGCCAUGUUGGUUGUGUUUUUCGGUGUUUUCAGGAUGUGCUUCGGUGCUUCUUUGCAUAGUGACUCAUUUUGUGACAAUGGGCAGGUGAAUAUUACAGUGGAUUUACCAGGAGAAUUGGAUUAUACUUGCAUGGGACCUCAUUGGCCACUUUCAGAAAAGGUGCUACCAAGUAUAGCUAAAACUUACUAUGAGCAGAAAGCAAAGCAUCUGUGCAUGGAAGAAAGGAUUGUAUACAACGAAACAAUUCCAAAUAGUGGGCCACAUCGUCCAAAAUGGGCAAAGUAUGGUGAAUAUAUCUACUGUCCACCUCAGCGCUGGGUCCACAACCUUGAGCAUGGAGGAAUUGCCUUUCUGUAUCAUCCAUGUGUCCAUCCAAGGCUAAAGGAAGAGCUUUCCUUGCUUGCUCGAGCUUGCAUGCGCAAACAUGUAGUAACUCCAUAUCACAACCUGAGCCAGGAAUGGCCAAUUGCACUGGUGGCUUGGGGUAAGACAUUAGAAAUGUCAGCAGUUGACCUGAGAGAAGCUCCUACAUGGCUGAGAAGGAAUGUGAACAGAGCUUAUGAGUCUGACAUGAAAUAUGAUGGUACUUAUAACUACUUACUCAUCCAUGAGUCUGAACUGGUGUCUGAUGACAACGAUAAGUUGGUUUGCCCAGACAAAAAUAUCCAGAUGCUGAAAGAAAACUUCAGAAGAAUUGCCCAACAUACCAUGAUAAGGGGCACACGAAGGCACCAAGAAUUAUACAGGCCAUUACAAUAUGCCACGAGAGGGUUACUGAUGCGACAUAAACGUGCAGUAACAGCUGGAAACAAAACUAAAUUUAGUAAUGAAAGCAGUGUGCUGAAUGUGAGUGUCAGCAGAGGUCCAGGGAAGGUGAACCAGGUACUUUCUGACUCUGGUAAUGCUAGCCAAGGUGACAAUGGACAGAAACCAGGUACUCUAUAUGAUCAGGAUGAUCCUUUGAAAAAUGUUUUUAAAGAAGGACAAAAUGAGCUGACAUCUUCUUCUCAGCAUUAUAGUGAAAGUGCAACAAAAAUGUCAGCGAAUGAAAGUACAUCACUGUUAAGGAAUGUAAGCAGAUUGCAGACACAAGACUUUGUAGGUGGGACGUGCAUCUGCCAGAAACAUCAGGAUGUUCCUUCACAGAGUAACUUGCGGCCUGACCAUGUACACCAUGCAGAGGCCCAAAGGGUAGGGGAAUUACAUGCACAUAGCUCACAGGACAAAAAGACUGUCUUUGGAAAUGUACAGUACAUUCGGACUCCAAGAACAGAGGAGGCUGCAUGGGCAGCAGCAUCCCUGACAUUCUUGCUAGUAGUUCUUACACUUGCUGUGCUAUACACAAAGCUUUAUAAAGGAUUUAAGAAGAGCAGAAGCUUAUACUGGACGCCAGAUAUGGACAGUCAUGAAACUAUUACAAAUAUUAUAAAGAGACGUUUGAGGCUUGGGAAGAAGAGAAAAAAGAAACUCCGAGGAUGUAAAAAGACAGUCCUGUAUGAAAAUUUGAACAACUUAUCAGAUUAGAAGUGAAAAAUAGGAUGUCAAGCAAGCACAUUUUUGGAAGUACAGCUGUCCCUACAAUUCAAUAAAACAACUUUUAAUUCUUGAAAACCUCUUCAAAUGUGAACUUCUCCGGUUCAACUGGAACCUGCCUGCAGAAGAAGUAUAAAAAGACAAAUUUGAAUUCAUGUAUUCUGUCACAGAUUUUUGUUUUAUUCAUUCAGUUCAAGAGACAUUACCAGCAAUGCACACUAAUAUAUCUACAAGUGAAGGAAUAAGAUGCAUUUAAUAGGACUCUGAACACGUUAAGAUUCAACCCCUAAAGUACCUCCUACAAGUGACCUGGAUUGGGAAUUGUGCAUCGAUAGAAGAAAUAUUUUGUGAUAUCUCUGUUGGAAGCCCAGCAAAGGGAAACGUAUUUUUAAAAAAUUAAAUUUUAAAAUGCCUUUUUAAACCUUUAAGUGAAUGAUUAACUGUUUAAGCUUUUUCUUCUAACCCAGCUUAAGUCUGAAAAGAUAUUCCACUAAUGGUAUGUAAUGUAAAAAUGUUUAUUGGCACAAUGCAAGGAUGAUGUAAAACUAACCCUUUAUGAUGACUUGCUGCAUUUUGUAAGGAUUUGUUUUAAAUGUUAUUUGAUUGUAUACAAUAUAAAAUUAUAGUAAGGCAGCUAUUACCAGAUCAA